UCCCCGAUCGCUUCCUUGUUUCGUUCGCCACAGGAGGGGGGGAAAACACAAGAUAGAUUGCAGUCUCCAAUCCCCGUUCUAAUGGCUGCAACGUGGACGAGAUCGCCUUCCCCGGAUCCAUCAAGGCCAAGAACACCCGAUGUGGCUGUCACCAAGUCCUCCCAUUUGAGAAAUCACGGUUGCCGAUCGCCGUCCCCGGCUCCUCGUGCGUCGGCCAUUGAUCACAAGGAGAACGAGAGGGAUUUCAACAGCGCGUGCAGGCCCGUGGCUGCCAAGGCGGCGUCUUCUUAUGCUUCUUUGGAUAAAGCAGGGGCCAAGAACUUCAUGGCUCCCACGAUCUCCGCCGCUUUCAAGGCCGUCGCGGCCUCUCCGAGGAGGAAAAUCCUGACGGAGAAGAAUGAGGCCGCUGCCAUGUCCUCCGUCCGAUAUACUCUCUCGUCGCUUCCUGCUAGAAAUGAAAUUGUUAUCGGACCUCAACUGAAUGGAAAUUUUGGGAAGGAGGUUGGUGAUUCAUUAGAAAUGUCCGGCGAGCCAAGGAAUGUGGACUUUGAGGCCAAGAACGGUCGCGGCAGUGGUGUGCUAUCCUCUCCCUGCUCAUUAUCACGGUCCACGUCUACGGUAACGGCUGCUAUUGCUUCUUUGGAUGCCGAUCCGACUCUUCCUCCUUAUGAUCCUCACACCAACUACCUCUCUCCAAGGCCGCGGUUCCUUCACUACAAGCCGAAUCCCCGCAAGCAGCAGUACUGGUUCGACGACAGUGGAUUAACUGAGGUGGGCGACAACAAGUGUCUAGAGGACAGCUUUUCAUCCGAGAGCUGCAAUGACUCAGAGGGACAAAUUGAGGAAGAACAAUCCUCUAACCUUCAGAACGAAUGCGAGGAAGAGUCUCUCGUCUCUCAGGUGGAAGUGAUGGAAGGGAAUAUUGCCGGAAUCCCUGUUCCUGAAUCUGAAUCCAAGACCAAAUCCAGUGGUAAAGGUCGAUCCUUUUUGUGCUAUAUCUUCGCUUCUUGUGGCCUGGUUUUUCUCAUCGCUUGCGUCCUUGGCUUGUUCGGAGGAUAUCCUACUUUGUCACCUUCAGUAUUGAAAAUUCAAGCAAAUGGACAAGCCAUUGACCAUUUGCAUAUGAAGGAAUAUAUAUCUGCUGCUAAUCUAAGGGAACUGGUUAGGAGAUUUGGCCAUUGGUCAUUAGAUUCCUUUGUUUCUUAUGUCACUGUGACUACCAUGCCCAGACAAGAGAUUGGGCCCAUUUUCCUUGCUAACUUUACAGCAUCGUAUUUAGAGCAGAGAUUAGACAUGAGCCGCAUUCAGCAGAUUGGUGAGGAUACUGAGGAGCAACCUUUCCUGAAAGUGGAUGUUCCACUAGAAGAAGCAGCUGAGAGUAAUGAAAUAGAGCAAUCUUUACUGACAAUGGAUGUUCCAUUAGAAGAUGGGGAUGUGAACAGUGAAAUGGAGCAGGCUUUUAAUGGAGAUGUGGAAGUGCAUGAAUUGUAUGCUUCAUUACAUGAGAUAGAGGAUAGAACAAUUGAUGUGAUUUUGGAGGCAGAAACUAGGCCUGAGCUCCACCAAUAUAUGCAAAACGGUAGUCUUGCUGAAUUAGAGAGUGGGAAGAAGACUGUAGGGGAUGAAGCCAACAAACUGGAAGUGGAUGGAGUUCAUAUAAAUGAAUAUGAGCAUGUUGUUGAGGUGGAGCAGCUCAGUAACGGACAGGAUACUAAUGCUUUUGAAAUUGAAGAUGAAGCAGUCAGAAGUCAAGAUGAUAGUGUGACUGAGCGUUCAAGUGCUGAGGAGACUCCUUUGGCAUCUGAUGAAGGGAUCCCUAUUAAUCCUGAGUUGCAUGAACUUGAAGCCUAUGCAAAGAAUGGUAAAUUGGCAGCAGGGUUAUUCUUGGCCGUUCUUCUGCUUGUCGCAUCCAUUAUGUUUAUUCUUAUGAAGCAGAAGAAGAAAACCACAAUUAUGAUGGAUGAGUUUGAGAUGCCAAAAGCAGGGGAGGUUCCCUCCAAAUCUGUAUCAGGCAGUAGUGAGAGUUACGGCCAAGAUAGGGGUUCUCCUUUUGAAAAUACACCAGUGGACACAGUGUUAGCAAAUUCUGGUCCUUCAGAAUUUAGCAGCAGCCUGUGGCAAAGCACCUCUAUUGGCCGGAAGAGAACUACCGGAAAGAACAAGGAAGAAGAGACUUUAAGCCAUGAUAAGAGAAGGUUGAGGAGGGACUCUACAAUGUCAUCCUCUUCAAUUUCUUAUGGAAGUUUCACUACAUACGAGAAGCUCUCUGGUAAAAAGAAGGGUAGUAGAGAUGAAGAGGUGGCUACUCCAGUGAGAAGAUCAAGCAGGAUCAAGAACCAAAUUGCUUCCCCAUGAGGAGAUGAUGUGACUCUUCCUUUUACUCACAAAUACAUUUUUAACUUUAGAUUGAUUAUUAGUUUCUGCAUUUACUACCUUAGUUUUUAGUUUACAAGCAAGUUGUGAGAUGGUUGAUGAGACCAGCUUUGUGCUGUUCUUUAGUUUUUAAGUUUUUGUUGAUGAGACCCCUUUUCUUUUCAGACUUCCAUUUAUGUAUUCUAUGGAAAACUUUUCUGCUGCAAAAUUAACAGCGGAGAAAAAUCCGGUAUUACCAAUGUCUUCUGAUUAAAUAAUAGUUCAAUUACCA